UCACCCAAAGACGUGGGACACAAUAUCUAUACCCUGGCCACACAGUUGUCUCUACACAGUGAGAGGUUGGCCCAUCUGUUGAAGCCUAGUGGUGACUUAUGGGGGGACCAGGCUUUGGAGUUCUAUGAGAAACACACAGCUCAGAUAGAGAUUGUGAGACAGGACAGAUCUAUGGAGAGAAUCGUGUUUCCGAUUCCCGAGAUCUGUGAGUAUCUCACGGAGGAGACAAAGACUCGUAUUUACUACACCACCGAGCGAGACGAGCAGGGCAGUAAAGUGGCUGACUUCUUUGAGAAAGUGGAGGAUAUGUUUGCUGAGAUGAGGUGGCAGAAAAAACUGAGGGCUAACCCCUACCUGUCGUGGUUCAGUAGUCACAUGUCUUUAUGGAGCAGCAUCACCUUCCAGUUUGCUGUGCUCCUCAACUUCUUAGUGGCGUUCUUCUACCCAUUUACAGAGGUCAAGAAAGAACUGGACCCUAAGCUUUCUGGUUUGAUCUGGACUGCCAUGUUUGGUUCCCUGGCUCUGGUGACCAUGGUGGGCGUUAAUCCAGCAGCCAUUAGGACGAUUUUUAUUUCCACGAUUUUCCGGUUUAUUUUCUCUGUGGGACUUGACACUACACUGUGGUUAUUAGGCGCUAUUAAUUUGAUAAACAAAGGUAUAUUUUUGAUAAGUAUGAUGGGAAAUCAAGGGACGUUCACUAAGCUCCCCCGACAGGUGCUAACAGACUUCAGAUUCAUGUACCACAUCAUCUAUUUAGUGUUUUGUAUCUUAGGACUGUGUGUUCACGAAUUCUUCUAUAGUAUAUUGUUACUGGAUGUGAUCAACAGAGAGGAGACGUUAUGGAAUGUGAUUAAAUCGGUGACUAAGAAUGGCCGCUCAAUCAUCCUGACAUCAGUUCUGGCAGUCAUCAUUAUCUAUCUAUUCUCCAUCAUUGGCUACAUCUGUUUCCAGGAUGACUUCCUGUUGGAGGUUGACCCCAUACCACAACUCAUAGGGGAAGCAGUGAAUGAUACAGAUAAUGGUACAUGUGACAGUCAGAACUGUAGUGCUGUAACAGGGGGUGUCAGAUCAUCUCAGGAUGUGUCAGCUGACACAACAGAAGAUGGUAAACAGAGAGUGUGUGAUUCCCUGAUUAUGUGUAUCCUGACCUCCCUGAACCAUGGCCUCAGGAACGGCGGGGGGAUCGGUGACCUGCUCAGAAAACCUGACAUCAGGGAGAACCUGUUUGUGGCCCGAGAUGUCUAUGAUCUUCUCUUCUUCUUCAUCGUCAUCAUUAUCGUCCUUAACCUCAUUUUUGGUGUCAUCAUCGACACGUUUGCUGAUCUCAGGAGUGAAAAGCAGCAAAAAGAUGAAAUUCUCAAAAAUACUUGUUUCAUUUGUGGACUAAAUCGAAGCAAUUUUGACAACAAAUCGGUUUCUUUUGAUGAACACAAAUCAAAGGAACACAAUAUGUGGCAUUACCUAAACUUCAUUGUCCUUGACAAGGUCAAGGAUCAUACAGAAUUUACUGGACCAGAGAGCUACGUGUACCAGAUGGUCAAGGAGAAAAAUUUGGACUGGUUCCCCAGAAUGCGAGCGAUGUCUCUGACGGCUGAAGACAGCGAGGGGGAACAGAGUGAUUACCGAAAUCUACAGGCCCAGCUGGAUGCUACAAACCGACUGGUCAAGAAUCUGUCUAAACAGCUGACCGACUUAAAGGAACAGAUGAAAAAACAGAUUAAACAGAAGAAAAGAACAAAGUUUUUGACAUCUGCUACAUUGAACAUGUAGAACUUGACACAUGGUGGUUUUGAAUUGAUUUCACAACUGCCACAUUGAACAUAUAGAACUUGCCAAUCGGUGCUUUGAGUAGCAACUCUUAAGCAUAUCAAGAGAUCUGAAUUCAGAUACCACCACCAUCAUAGACCCUUUACCUUGUCAUUUCAUGUUAGAUGUAACCAUUUCAUUUGUGAAUUCAGUGAACAUUUUGUAAUUGUAAAUUGGUAAU